CGGACUUUCGUACGUGUCCUGAGAUAGAUGUCAGCUCGUAAGAAACAGGAAGCUGCAUGUGUUUGGUGUCAAAUCAGCCGUGUGGGUUGACUCAGCCUUGCCCUUUCUUACUUCCUUGUACAGUGAGCGGAGUUAUUGCUCAGGUUCCUGGCACACAGUAUGUCUUACAAUGUUGGAGGGAGGAUCCCACUGACUGAGACCAUCUGGUGGAUUCUUUCGGUUCUAUCCAAGGAGUUUCCUCUCCCAGUAUAGCUUAAAGUCCAAAGUCAAGUGUAUGCUGUGCUUUGCGUUUUUACCACUUAUUUGAAGGUAAGAGAAAAAGUUUGCUCACUGUGUGUUAAUGUACUAAGACCUUGAACAGUUUAAAUAGAAACUAGCAGGUGUGACCAUCUUUAAAGUUUGCUGUUUAACUUACAGAUUAAUUUUGUUGAAAUGUUUCCUGUUACCCCCCCAAAAAUCCACAAAUAUUUCAUACUGUGUGUGAUAGAUAAGGUUACCAUGGAGUUGGCUCUGUUAUGCAGUAAGCUUUCCUUGUCACCUAAUGUUGACCGUUAACUUCAGAAGUUAACUGGUUAUUGUAGUCUCAGUUUUCUCUGACUGCAAUACAUAAAUAUUUGUGCUGCCGUUAACUGUAAAUCACUACCUUCUGAUACAUUCACAGCUGCAACAUAAUCCCUUACUCUGGAUGAGAGAAAAGCAAUGUGAGAUAAAAUGUGUCUGAAUGUUUAGAGUAGAAACUUAACAAAUACUUCUGGUGCCAGAGCUGAGUUGCAGUGAAAACAGUGUUGUAUAGUAAGUAGCAAUACUUAUAAUACAGUACUUGAGUAUAAUUUUGAAGUAUCUGUAUCUAAAGUAUCUGAGGGAUUUUUGUACCUGCGACUUUUACUUCUACUUGACUACAUUUCUAAAAACAAAAGUAUACUUUUACUCCACUACAUUUCACAGAAGCAUCUUCUCUACUUCUAUUUUUACUUCUUUACUAUGCCAGCUUAUGACAAGAAACUUUUUUUCCCCUUUUACCCAAUGUUGAUUUGCAUGGUGCUUGAUCAUCAUCAAUCAGUCACUAAAGCCUGGGCAUGUCUGCAGCCGCUUGUAAGUUGCACAGUUGCCUGCAUCCACCUAAAUGUCCAGUGGCUGUUUUGAUGGUCCUCAUCAUGCCCAACUUCUGUCCUAAGUUCUUUGACUGUUGGAGGAUGCGUGAUUGUUUUUUCAGAUCAGUGCUGUAAUCAGGGGUCCGUCCAUCUGUCCCUCCCACUUAUUUUUCUAAUCUGUUACUUGCAUGGUUCUCGUCACAAAGUUCCUUCUUGACUGUAGGAGGAUGUACUAUUGUUUCGCCUGAUUGGUGGUGUGUGUGUGUCCAUCUAUUUUUCUAAGCUGUUGCUUGCACCCACCUGAAAUAUGUGCUUAUUUGGCCAUAAGUAACUUUUGAAAAAAAAAUAUAUAUAUUUGUACUUUGACUUUUUACUUUUCUUUGAGUACAUUUACUUGAGUACUUUUGAUACUUAGGUAGAGAGACUGUGAUAUACUUUAAGACUUCAACUUGAGUAGAAUUCUCAUGGGAGACUUUCACCUUGACUUGAAUCAUUUUCUGGUAAGGUAACUAUACUUCAACUCAAGUAUAUUUGUUUAGUACUUCAUACGACACUGAGUGAAAACAUUUUAAAGGUUACCCAUCUGCAGUGAGUGAUUAGAAGACUUAGACUUUUAAAACUUCUUUUUCACUGGUGAUACUGAACAUUUUUUACAGAUGUGGCUGUGGAUUAUAACUGGCCUGAACAUCAUUGUGAGAGUGCGUGGUUUUUCAAGUGGCGGCUUCCCACAGUCAUGUGGAACGAUGUUACCCCAGCACGGGGUUGGUCCCACUGUAACAGAUGCCCCCUUUGAGAUCUCUUACGUACAAGGCAAUGAGGGAGACCCUUUUACAGGUACAGAGACCAUGGGACACAUUUUGUAUCGCCAUCAGUGUCGGUUUUAGUGCUCACUCUGUAAAAGCUAGUGUUAUUGAUAAUACAUCUGUCCUUGUUUUAUGAACCUCCACCUUUGCUCUAAUAAAUGCAUUGUUCAGUCACUCUGCGCAGCACAGACGGCGGUAGGUUCUUGGGCUUCAUGUUGGAGGCUCGGGAAGAAGGGGGCCCUGCUGUUGGAAGAUUUUCUGGUGUUGAUGGAAAUCCAGUUUUUCUCCUCAACUGUGACGGUUUAACUGUAAGUAAAAAUCCAAUGACAUUGUUGUUUGAUGAAGAAUUAAAAUGUAAUCUAUUAAUCAACUGUGUUUUACAUUAGCUGCUGUAAGAAACUUUUGGUUUGGCUUGAUUUUGGUGACCUCUGCGCACAAAGUAGUUCAUAUCAACUCUUUACAUUCACAUUCUUAUUCCUGCAGCAGCAGUUUUGAUAUAAAUUAUCUCUAAAUAAUCUCUCCUCUCACUGAUGAUCUUGAUUGCUUUCAUUAAGUUCAUACAGAGGCAUCAGUGUUUGUUACAGAAUAUUUCACAAUUUCAGAUGAAAAAUCUUGUCAAAACUAUCUUUGAUUUUUGUGGAUGUGAUUUACUCUUGCUGUUUUCUCAGGCCUCAGCUAUCAGUCAAAGAAACAGUCAGCCUAAGACAACACACCAGGUUAAAUGGAUGCCACCGGAACGUUUACCUGAUAGAGAUAUUAGUUUCAGGUAUCUUUACUCCGUGACUGACAUAUUCAAAAGAAAACAAAGGAAAUGGUCUCAUCCUGUCAUUUUAAAUAUCCCUUUUGGAUGGCAGAUUAUUAACUUUGAAAUGUGUGCUCACCGUUGCAGGGCCACAUUUCUCCGGUCUUUUGUAACAUACUGGGUGAAUGUCACGAAAACUCUAGAUUCGACUACAACCACUACGCCAAGUACUACAGCUCAAAAGACUACUCCAGUUACGACUGAGCAUAUGUCUACAUCAAGUACUGGAGUGCCAACACCAACACCAACACCGCCACCACCUCAUUGUCCCUUUGAGGUGAGGUUUAGCCUUUGAAAUGACAGAGUAGAUGGCUCAUUAAAUUUGAUUUAGUUUUCUUAAUACUGUGCUGAUUUACAGUAAAUACAAAACCUUUAUCAUGAGUUCAACUCUUGUUUCUUGAUUUCUCUUCAGAUAGUCAUACUCAUGGUGGUCUGCAGUGUUUUGUUGGUCACUAAAAUGGUAAGAUUUGAGUAUCCUUGUCUGUCUAAUGCUAUAACCCACUGCACACUGAUCAAAAGAGCUAAACAAGUCUAAUGUAUCCCUUACUUUAUUCUCUUUUUAGGAAAUGUCUAAUAUAAUCGCUAACAGUGUCACAAAGAGCCCAGUUUCUCGUCUGCUCAACAGGGUAAGGCAUUAGUUCAAGGUGUGUGCAUUUUAAGUAACAGUUUGUUAAUCUCUUCAUCUGGCUAUAACGUCAUCAUAUUUGAUUGUAUAGUUUUUGCUGUGAGAGCAAGUGGUUGCUGAAAAUUUUGAUUACUUUUGAAUGGAGCAUUAAUGACAGAUUUUAUGAGAUAAGUCUAAAACAGUUUUUGUUGUAAAUUUUGUGUAUUUUUGCAUUCAAAACAAGUGCACUUAAUCAAUAAAUACAAAGUUUUAGCUGAAAUUGCUUUUUCGCAGAUGUCUAAGAUAUCAUUCCUCGUGUUUUGUGGGGCCCUGGAAAUAUCAGCAUUGGUUUUGGGAAUUGUGAAAGAUUGCUCGAGUGUAAGUUAUGUGAAGUACAACAUUUUUUCAUGUCUCGAAGUAGUCUUACUAUUAUUGUAACAUAUCCUAACAUGUCUCCCUCGUGCCUCCCUGUGUCUGUGUUUAGACCGCUCUCAUUGCUUUGUUGUGCGUGGCGAUCACCUUGACUGUCUUGGAAAUAGUGAUCAGCUCUCUGCCACUGGGACCCAGUCAUGAACUGUGAAUAAUCAACAUCACUCUCACAUCCACACUUUGUGCACAACUACUUUUAGAAACACUUAGCCGCAGGACUUGGAAGUAGGAGACACCAGGUGAUCUCAGAGUGUAAAUGGGGUGAGGGAGAAGCCAUUGCAUUGUUUUGUGAGGUAGAUAAGUGUAACGGACACAGGAUUUUAAUCAGCCAAUGGUCAAAGGGCAGAGUUGGACUUCUUGGAUACGAUAUUUCGACUUUAAUCAGAGUUGAGUCGAGUACUCGUAAUAACUGUGACCUCAGUAUUUGGCUACAUUAGGAUUCGAUAGAUGGAAGGGGCACUUUUUGUGUGGAUAUACCACUCUUUGGCCAUAAGAAUGUAUUCAAUUUACAACACGUAUUUGUCUGCAUGCACGUUCAUGUGCUGCCACGUUCAGAAACUGUCCCUGCCAGUGAAAGGUGCAACAGACUGUGCAAGCCAAAGCAGUUCAGCUUGAGCAAUAUGUAAAAGAACCAUCGAGGGAAAGAAGGACAGGCUCCAACUUUAACCGUCACUCUGUGCAGGAUUAACACAAGAAAUACAAGAAAGUAUGUUGAUUGCAUUACUGAUGGAUUCAAGAUAUCUUGAGAGUUUAAAUUCUGUUAAGUAGCAGGCAGGCUGCAGGUAUUUUUGAGUAUAUUAGACACUUGCAGAUGGCACUCUUAAGCAUAAUCUAGUUCAAUUCAUUUUCUUCUCACAAAAAGUCCAGUUCACUCAUUUAGGGGGAAAUAGAAAAUAGUUUAGGGUAAAACAGCCACCCUCUUUCUGAAAAACAAAAAAACAUUAUAGUAAUGACUUGACUCUGGGAGAACUGAGACUUCAUUAAAUGAAAUACUGGUGCAGGAGGGUACCCACAAUAACCCCAGUACAAAUAAUGGUAGGAGGGCAUGAUGAAGUGGGUUUUUCACUCUUGGACACUUGCCAUUUCAUUACAGCACAAGUACCUCUUGAUAAUUUUUUGAAAUUGUCUUUUUUUUUUUUGCUGUUCAAGAAAGGGGAUCUGUGAAAUCUUUGCCAAAGUGUGCUCUGUCAUCCAUGAGGCCUUUAUACGUAAGGAGAAAAAUUAUUUCCAUCUUUAUUAUUUAAUCAUGGUUUGCACUGCUAAUGGAAAUCCUUGUAUGAAAAGUCAAUCAAGAUCCAAACUGGCAUAUCUGUACUUUUUUUGUUUAAGUGGUGCUUAGCCUUGAUUGGCCUAAAUUAGCUUAGAGCAGAGCCUGGAAGAAGGAAACAGUUAACUCGUAUCUACCUAGAGGUUACAAAGUUCAUCUAUCAACACCUCUAAAAUGUGUGUGUGUGUGUUUGUGAUUCGACAUUGCUUAUUUGUCUAAAACCUUUUUAUUACACAGUUGCUGUCAUUUAUGUCUGUUAUUUGGAGAGUGCUGGCACCAGAGGGAACAGGAAAAACAUUUGGCCACUGUGGGUGUUGAUAGCUUACACGGUGUGGAUUCUCCUGUUUGUGGUUUGGGUUUUUAUAUUCACUGUUCAUAAACAUGCCAUUCUGCGGAGGAGAAAAAGAGGUGAAUAAUUUCUUAUUACAGUACUUAUAAAAUUUUACACUUCAAGUUGGAUACCAUGUGCAGUCUUGAGCAGAUCAUGACAUAAUGGAGAACCGUUUUCUUUUAGUGAGCUCCAUGAACGCUGCACAAAGAGGUCAAAGGAGAGAGGUGAGAGCGUGUCCAAAUCCUGAAGAUGAAACCUUUUCUUUAACACUUUCAUGACUGUACAUCACCCACAAACUCAAGUUCUUCUUUUGUUUUUCUUUACACUUCUAAAUUUCAGAUGAGGUCCCCUGAACCUGUGAUGAUUGUGAAUGUAGUCUCAGUGAUCUUCAUCCUCGGCACAGUUGCACUUGCUGUAGCUCUCAUUGUCGGGAAAUUGCAGCAUUCUGGGAUGUAGCAUUCACAUGAUAGGCGUGCAGGUACUUUAUCCGCAUUUGUACUUCAGUUCUUCUUCAGCAGAACCACUCAAAUACCAAUCAAAGUAUUGGUAUCAGCCAACAAUACUCUGUGAUACAUUGUGGCUUGUAUCAGCAAGAAUGCUUAUUAACACAUUUGUGAUACCAUUAUUUCUAAGCCCCACCCCUGAGAUAAAAUCUACUGAUUUAGUUAUGAAGAGAAAUAUACGGAAUAGGUUAAGGGCCACAAGGAGAAAAAAAAGGGCAAAUAUUAUGAUAUAAUGGUUUUAUCAUAUUCUGAGAAAACAAUUCUGACAUUAAUCUCAGAACAAUGUUUUAAAAAUUUAUAUUGGACUUUUUUUCCCCAGUGCAUGUAUACUUAAGUUAUUUCUUACAAAAAAGACACCCUCUAACAAGUCAAAAGUAAUUUGUUCUCAUCAUGAAAUGUUUUUUUUUUCUUUUACUGCUGUUUUUGCACAUUACUUUAUCACAGCUGGUUGUUAAAAUAACAUGUUAUUAUUGUUAUUACACAGUGUUAUUGGUGGACAUAUAAUAUAUAUAAUUGAUUUUUAUAAAUUAUUGUGUGACAAAAGUGAUUGUCAACAUGGUCAGGGAAAACAGCCUGAUUGGUUUUUCAGCAAGAACAUUUCCUUUGCAUUUGUCCUUUUUUUCUAUUGUUGUUUUUUCAUGCUUUUUUUACUCAUGGUUUGUUUAUAUUAACAUCUAAAUCACUCUAAAUCACAGUUUGUUUGCUUGUAUUGAGCAAACAUGGUGCUGUAAAAACAAAGUGUCUCUUAAUCCACAGUUGUUUAGCAACAAGUGUCCAUAAAUGAUUUAUUACUUCAAUGAUUCUUUGGAAAGGAGCUAUUCACAACCAGCAGUCCAUCAGGUGGAUGACUCACCCGUCUAUCAAACCUCUUCCUGAUAUGGGAGCGUGACUUUUAAUACAGCACAAGGUUUAACCUGCUGUGACCUCUGUUUUUCUCAGAACGCAGAUGAAACUGCAGCUAUUUCACAUUUGUUUACACCUGAAUGCUUGUUCUCAACUAAAGAAAAAGAAACAUCUUACACUCCUGUGUCCAUGACACAUUUCCACAAUAUAUAAAACAAAAAUAAAAACUGUGUCAACAGGUACUGUUUGAACUGUAGGAUAUAGUCUUUGAAACUCUGUGAACCUCUGAACCACUUAAUAAAUGAUUGAACUAGUGUUGUAUUGUGGAGUUUUAACUUCCUUGUUACACUUAUGCACAGCAAAAAGCAGCUGAAUGUCCCUCACUUUAUGAUGAGUGGGAAGGAGCACAUAUGCAAAUAGUAAAUGUUCAACGCCUAAAAGUUCCCACAUAGUCAGUCCAGGUUUAUUCAGUCAGUAGUUUACUGUCAAACAUCAGUUAUCAUUUUUAUUGUUCAACACUGGGCUGUAAAUUUGAGGCCUGUAAUUAAAAAAUGUCUUAUCAUGUUUUAACCUAUUUUUUAUCAAAAUAGCACAGUUACUUCCUCUUUGCCUUGUUGUGAAACAUCCUCUUUUCACCAUGUAUUUCUGACCUUUCUCAUGACUCUUUUAACUUUUUGUUUGGGGCACAAUGUAUGAUUAAAAUCUCCCCUGUGAUCAUCAGAUAUGCUCUGCCUCACCUUGCCUAGCCACGAGGAAUCUUCUGUUUGUGUAAAUAGUGGUGGCAAAGCAGUGCAUUCAUUUUUUAGAUGAUCUUUCAGACAUGUCUAAACAAUGCUUUCUUAUUAAAUCUCAUUCUUAUAACUGACUACAGUGUAACCCGCUGAAAAUUUUCGGCAUAAGAAUGUAAACAGACCAAGUAUCGGUCUACAUGCAGUAAGUUAGUGAUACUGUCACUGAGCUAAUGGCAGUGUUAAAAAUUGUGUAAAAUAACUAUGAGAGACAAUCAGUUGUAUUCCUUAUGUAAUUUCAUUUUUUUAGCAUAAUCAUUAAUUUCAGUCUGUUUUACCAGCUAAGAAGUCCUCACAGUUGUUGUGAAGAUGGAUUUAGACUAAUUCAUGUGAACUUUAUGUAUGUGCUCCCUGUCUUUAAGGCUGCAUUUUUGUUUUUAACUGUAACUGCUGCAGUAUUAAGGUCAAGGCUCAUUUAGAAACACAAACUCAUUCAACACUCUCUGAUUAGAAAAUAUUUGGUCAUAACAUUGCUGAGACAGAUGCAAAAACUCUGCUGCACUAAAUGACAGCCGUUUGCCUUUCAGAACUAACUGACUAUGAGGUGUACUGCUUACAGCCCAGCCUCAUGCUCACCUCUAAAUUACAAAAAAACCAGUUUCUUUAGUUUUCUUUGGCUGAUCUCCAAAGUCAACUACUGCUGAUUUCUCUAGAAAUGGUGACCUCACACACCAGACAGAGGCAUGCAGAGUGACACCAAAACAAAUCAUCAACAAAGGGUUCAAAAGAGGAAAUAGCAUGUACUUACGUUAGAUUUACAACCUUUCGAUACCACAUUGGUUUUCUGAUCUCUACCUUUUUAACUUAGGGAACCUUCGCAUAAGGAUAAAUAAAGUUCUACAAAAUCUUAACAAAAAAUCCUUUUAUUUGCUUUUAAAUCCCUCAAUGGUCUCGCCCCACCGUACCUCUCUGAGCUUCUACACUUUUAUACUCCUCCUUCUCAGGUCAUCCGAUCAGGUGAGCCUAAGAGAGCCUAAAACAAAGUGGAAGCUCAGAGGGGAUCGUGUCUUUGCUGUCGCAGCUCCAUAACUUUAGAAUAACCUGCCUCAGCACAUCAGACAGGCCUCCACUUUGCCUGUUUUUAAAUCCCAUCUAAAGACCCACCUCUUCUCCUUGGCUUUUAACACCCAGUGGGAGGUUGACUUCAUUUAUUUUAUUUUAUUGAUUUAAUUUACUGUGUUUGUUUUUAUUUGAUUUAACUGUGUUUCAUCUUCUUGGCAUUUAACAAUCAGUAGGAGGUUGACUUCAUUUAUUUUAUUUUAUUGAUUUCAUUUAUUGUGUUUGUUUUUAUUUGAUUUUACUGUGUUUUAUCUUCUUGGCAUUUAACAAUCAGUAGGAGGUUGACUUCAUUUAUUUUAUUUUAUUGAUUUCAUUUAUUGUGUUUGUUUUUAUUUGAUUUUACUGUGUUUUAUCUCAUUUUAUUUUUAUCCUGUUCUGUUAUUUAUUCUAUUUUUAUCUUGCUGUGCAGCACUUUGGAAACCUUGUGUUUGCUUAAAUUGUGCUAUACAAAUAAAAUGGAUUAGAG